CCACUGCUUUAGUUUGCACAAGCAGGAGGAGUUUUGCUUGAAGAUAUACUGAAACUCGGACCCCAGCCUGGUUUGUUUGCCAGCAGGUGCUUCACAGCUGUCAACCUGAGCUGUAAGUGGCAGCUACUGUAAGUAGCUUCUGAGCACUAUGAAGAAUUUUUCAUUUCCUAUGCAGGAUAGCACAUAUCAGACCGAGAGUCCUCACAGAUUCCCGAGUUUGACAAAUCAGUCUGAUCCUGUUGGAAGACCAGAAAGAGAUGAACAAUUAGCUCAAGUAGAGAUUGCUGUACUGGGGGUCAUAUUUUUGACAGCAUCAGUGGGCAAUUUUAUUCUCAUACUGGUGCUGUGGCGAAGAAGAAAGAAGCUCUCUAGGAUGUAUGUGUUCAUGCUUCACCUCAGCAUUGCUGAUUUAGUGGUAGCCUUUUUUCAAGUGCUGCCUCAACUCAUAUGGGACAUUACAGAUGUUUUCAUAGGGCCAGAUUUCUUGUGCAGAAUUAUCAAGUACCUACAAUUGCUGGGCAUGUUUGCCUCUACUUAUAUGAUAGUGGUCAUGACGGUGGACAGAUAUCAAGCGGUUUGUUACCCUAUGGUCACAUUCCAAAAGAAGAGAGCUCUCUGGAACAUCCCCAUUUGCACCAGCUGGUCUAUAGCACUGAUUCUUAGCCUACCACAGGUAUUUAUCUUUUCUAAGACUGAAAUAUCUCCAGGUAUCUUUGAAUGUUGGGGUGAAUUUAUUCAGCCGUGGGGCCCAAGGGCAUAUGUGACUUGGAUUUUUGUAGUUAUAUUCUUCGUUCCCUCAGCCAUCCUUAUCACAUGCCAGGUUAAGAUUUGCAAAAUAAUCAGAAGAAAUAUGUACAUGAAAAAACAGAAUGAAUGUGAAGCAACAAAUCAGAGGCGAGUCCUGCCAUCCCGAGCAAGCAGUGUGAACUGUAUUUCAAAGGCUAUGAUCAAGACAGUAAAAAUGACAGUGGUGACAGUUGUUGCAUAUAUUCUCUGUUGGUCACCUUUCUUCAUUGCGCAGCUGUGGUCUGUGUGGUUCCCCAGUGUCGUGACUGAAGGUUCAGCGUUCACCAUUAUCAUGCUCCUUGGCAACUUAAAUAGUUGCACCAACCCAUGGAUUUACAUGUAUUUCUGUGGCCACAUUCCAUAUUGCACAAAUAAGCAAGUGGAGAACACCUCAGCUCAAGAGGAAUCGACCAAAUAUUGCUGUCCACCUGUCAAGAGGAACAGAUCUCGGGCAAGUAGGAAGAGGAGGAGGUGGAUGAAGGCAGUACCAGAGCCAGACAGGAAUGGGAAGAGUCUAUGAAGUCUCUUAUAAAAAUUGCAAUUGAUAUUUUUUCUUCUGUUUUCUCCCUCUCUUUAAUUAAUAAUUACUAGUUCUACCCCACAACAAAUUCCCUGUUGGAGCAAUUCUCUAACUUAAGUGGCAGUGUCCUUAUCUGGGGUAAGAACAUCCAAGUCACGAUCCAUACUAUUGAUAGGAUAUUUGUUAUAUUCAGCCAUUCACUUACUCUCUAAGACUUUCAAUCAAUUAGGUUUACAAUCAGUUAGGUUUUCCCUUAUGACUGAAUAUAAUGGUUAAUGGUGGGAUUUCAAGUUUUUCUAGUUCUGUUGAUUGCAGUUAGUUGCAUAGUAGAACGUGCAGUGUUGAAAGGUGGUGUAAACAGAAAUGUUGCAAGGAAUUACCUGUCACUCUACAACUGUAUUUGCAGCAAAACUCUUCUUAAGGCAUUCAUUUACAAGAAAAACAGGCAUUCAAAUCAUGUGCAAAGAGUCAUCCAGAUCCAGAAUUGACAGGAGUCACAGUUCUGCUGAGACUCAGCAGUGAAGCUGUGCCAUUUGACACCACCUGGUCUGGCCUCCAGUUAAAGUUAAAAAGUGUAACUUCUACUUAUAUUUCUGCUUUGCUCAUAUAUUUGUUAUUGGCUCUAUAAAGAAUUUGGUAGAGCUGGUAGCUUAAAUAACAGUAGCUUAAUCUAUUCUUUAAAAGUCUGAGAGCAAUAUUAACUGACUGUAUUUCAGAUAUUUUGAUCAUUUGUUGAAUGAAAUGUCAGAACUUCUUAAAUUCAGUAACAGUUGUUCAUUAUUUGCAAUGUUCAAAACAAUUAUAUUUUUGUCUUUCAAGUGCUUUCUUUCUGAUUUUUCAUUUUCUUUCCCCUGAGAUCAGUUAUGGUGUUAAGGAGAAAAAUAAAUGUUACUAUAUUAUGGUACAAGCUACAGGCUAUGGACACUUUUAGUUUCAGUGUGUCAGGAGGUAUUUGAACACAGGUAUUCCUGCUUUCUUUUCUUAGCAAAAUGAAUUGGGCUGCAUAUUUCAGGUGGAAUUCAUUAUCCUAAAUGACCUGCCCUGCCUACCCCGUGGUCAGCAGUGACAAACACACUCAGUGGGGAGUU